AAUACCAGAUCAGUGUCGUAGCAGAAGCAGCGCUCCAGCACGGUCAUACUGAAUACAAAAAAUGCAAGAUGCAGGUUCAUAUUCGAAUUGGAAAACCACUUUGAUCGCAAAUUAGAGACUGAUUUCGAGCCGCACGUGGCUAAAAACAUUUUGAACGGCAGCGCGCUAGGAUAGGUCUCAAAUUUGGUGAUUAGCAGUGGGAGCAACCGCGCAACCCAGCGCCAUGAGGAAGCGAAGCUCGCGUUGUAACUCUGACACUUUCAAGGAGGAGCAGAUGGACCACAACGGUGACGACAUCAGCCUGCUGCAGCGCCCGCUACGCACCGCCCACACGGGAUUCGAGGAGGCCCGUCGGGCCUAUGAGGAUGGCACCAGCGAGGUGCGCCAGCUGCUUAGCCAGGAGUGCAGCCUGAUCUACGAGUGCAAGGUGUGCCGCAACAUGUUUCGCAGCCUGGCCAAUUUUAUCAGCCACAAACGCGUCUUUUGCUGCGUCAGCGCCCGUUCCGCGAAUGGCAGUGGAUACACAGAUCAGAAUUCCACUAUGAUCAUACAAACGGGUGGUGGUCCGUCGCCGCAGGACAUAGAACAUAUGCUCCGCAGCAGAAGCACGGGAUGCUCCCCUGUUCCGCGCGAGGUGCGUCCUUUACGAGGAGGAGGUGGCAGCAUAAGGGACCUGAGUGGUGUUAUUGAGCGUCUGCGGCGGGAAAAGGCUCCAUCACAGGCCAAUCGAAGCUCCUCCACUGUUUUGCAGCUGGAGUCUGUGCCGAACUCAAGCCAGGCCGUUUAUCAGACCAUCAAAGUGGACCAGGACGACAGCAUAAGGACAGAACUGGACGAGGUGCAUCGCAUGCUGAAUCCAUCUGGAACCGUUGUGGGGCCCGACGGAAAGGCCUUGGCGACCGUUAAGAUAGAAAACAAUGGAGGUAGUGACUCCGGUGAAACCGGCGAGCAAUCCAUCAGCGAUGAAACGGAGACGAGUAUUUUCUGCGAGAUCUGCAAUCUGACUUUUCAGACGCACAAAACACUUGAGGUGCACAUUCAGAAGCAUCACUCAUCAUCGGCGUUUGUGUUUCAGUGCCCAGCCUGUUCGCUGACCUUUCUUCAGGCCGCUGCUGUUAUUCGUCAUUUAUCAAAGGAUCACAAGAAACCAACUCGGCGCAUUCGAAUGAUGCGGAACACUAUCCUUAAGCGACGCAUUCAGCAAGGAGAUGUUCAGCCGAAGGGCCCCUGCCGGGAGUUGAAGCGCCUACAGCUCUCCGACGACGUGGUGGGCUAUGUCCCUGAGCCAUUAGAUGCCAGCGGUGAGCAUCGUAAGAUCAUGUCUCUGUGUAUCUAUUGCGAAAAAUCAUUUGAGCGUCGCGCUGCGUUGUCAACACACCUGCUCAAUUGUCGGGCGAAGCAGGAGGCGCUGGCCAAGCCGGCUCCUUCCGUCAAAAAACUGAAAACAAAGAGCAAUGAUUCCAAUCUGGAUGCAGCUGAUGACGAACCAACUACACCCAUACAUCUGUUGAAAAGUGAAACGAUCAAAACCGAGGAAAUUACUCUAAAUGAGAUGUUCGCUGAUCUACCAGAGCCGAACGACUCAUUUGCACCUGGUCUGCACACAGUCUCAUUGGACCAGCUUAAUUUAGGCAAUGUAAGUGACUCUGCUAGUGAUGAGGCCUCAAACACCGACGACGACCACGAGCUUGCACCAGGGGCGGGACCUGAAUCCAGUGCCGAUGUGGACGAUAUCAAGGGUAAGGCCAAAAAGAAGCGUAACGUUCCAGUUGAGAAGCAGCUGCGAUGUCGCUGUAAGAUCUGCCACAAGCAGUUCAAUGCCCUCGGAAAUCUACGUCGUCACAUAUCCAUGUUCCAUUACCGCGCACGCCGUUUCGGCUGUAAUCUUUGCGAGUAUCGCGCAUUUCGGCGCUACGAUAUUGUAAAUCAUUUGGGAUUUACUCAUAAGAUAGAAGGAGAUCGAGACCAGCUAACGGAGCAAUAUGUGUCCACCCACGAGUGCGAGUACUCCCGAGACGAUGUUGACGGAGAUAUAAUUUUGCUGGAUAAGGAGGAUGAGCUUACAGUGAUGGAGAAGGAUGCUAAACCCCCUAUUAAAACCUAUGAAAGGCGCUUGAAGCGUCUUAAAACCAUAACAGAUUCUGUAGGUGAAGUGCAACCCAAAUCACCAACAAUCGCGAUCAAAGAAGAACCUGGCCAGGAGCCAUUGGAAAGCACUCCCACGCCCAGCAAGAAGCGCCGCAAGUCUCGGACCCAAAUCUCACCCGAAUCUGGAGAACAUCCCCAGGAUAAGCGUCCCAUUCGUAAGCGCGUUAAGGCGGUCAACAAGGACUUUGUCUACGAUUUGGUCAGUUUCAAACCCGAUGGAUCAGGCCCGCAACCUCCUGGUGCGCCGGCUGUAGAAUCCAUGCGGUCCAAACUGCGUCGUCCGGCGACGGUAAGCAACGAUGAAAGUAAGCACAAACAGUGCGAAGCCUACAUUACGGAAGAGAAAAAGCCUCUUGUGUUGGGCAUCACACGACGCAUCAUGCUGGAACUCGUGAGCCAGGGUCUGGCGGUGUCUGCUACUUUACCAGAAUUGCCCUCAGAGCGACCGCAGAUACGACCUCGUCUUGUCUCGCACUCACGCAGCGAAAGUGGAUCCCAGCAAAAGCAAAAUUUUGUAGAAACUACAGUGGAUCCUGCUCCGGAAACCGAGAGUUUCAUCGAGAAGAUUGCGAAGCGAACAGCAGCUGCUGGCAAGGAUAACGCUGUCAUCAGCAACCUGUGGAACAAGGUCAACACUGCGAUUGCCCAGCAGGAGAAGCAGCAGAAGAAGGAACAGGAGCCGACUCAUGAGGCUCAGCCAGAGGAAAAGUCGGAAACAGAAAAAUCAAAGAGCCCUCUCCCAACGCCGCCCAGCAUAUGCGAAGCCAUCGUGCCCGAAACUCUGGCGACCACCGGUAUGGAUUGUCUGCGUGGAAAGGGCAGUCAAGCGGGAGCUUCGACAGUGUUUCCGGCCUUGCCCAAGCCGCCAUCCGUUUUGCAGGCGGCUGCCAAUGGGACCAUACAGUUCACUCUAGACAGUCUCCUGCGAGCCGCUCUGCAGAACUAAACGGAACCGGAAAUGGAAACCACCGCCACCAACAUCGUUGCUACUUUCGUUGUCUUUCCUACUGGAUUUUUCCUCAAACUUUCAACUGGUCCUUUCCCAUCAACCGUUUUGAAUGUAAUUCACUAGUGUCCUUAUUGUAAAACCAACUAAAUAAGAAAGAGAAUCCCUUGAUGAUAAAUACGCUUUGAGUAUUACGCGGUAAAAACAACCAAAACAAAUUGAAAAUCGUAGCAUAAUUUUGGGCUAUUAGCAAAUGUUUGUUGUUUGUGUGAAAAAGUACAGAUUUUUUAAAUGUUAUAGUUAAUACUGUAAACGUACCUAAUUUUAUAUUCCCGCAUUAAGUAAGUCACGCGAGUGUAUACGGUUGUUGUCAGUGUGUGCAUCAGAUUGCCCUGCUAGGACUUCAAUCAGAUUGUAUGUUUCAUUUAAUUCGAUCCUAUCCUGGUUUAGCUAUACUAAGGUAGGCCGAUUGAAACAGUUUGUAUACCUUUUUUAUAUAAAAUACUUUUAAUCUUGUGUAGUGACGGCAGAUUUUAUAUUGGUUGCUUAUCAAACUUAAAUGUAUAAUAUAUAUUUA